AUGGCGGAGCUUCCUGUCACAUUGCAAGAUGUAGAAUCUAGGUACAUCAAGCCAGAGCUGCCAACAGUCUUAAAAAGGCUAUUUAAAUCUCAUAAGAACUUGGAUUUCGAAUCUGCUAUUUGGGAGAUGGUCAAUCUCGUAUUCCGACCUCGCAAAGCGCACCGGACUCUGUAUUACCAAAGGCAAACAAGGAAUAGAUGGUCCAGGGAUGAUCCUUCGUUUUUCAUAUUGCAAAUUGGGUUGCUUUCGGCGAGUUCACUAGUCUGGUCCAUCGUUUAUGGUCAAUCUUUCCUUGGAUUUCUCAAGAUGAUGAUCAAUAUGAUCUUACUGGAUUUUUUUGCAAUUGGAUUCACCGUCGCCACAGUGUUCUGGUCGCUUUUGAACCGCAGUUUCUUCAAGUUUAGAUCCGCUCAACAUUCCCAAGUUGAAUGGGCAUUUUGUUUUGACGUACACUGCAAUGCAUUUCUAGUGGUAUGGUGUUUACUCUACCUUUUGCAAUUCAUUCUUCUCCCUGUUAUCCAUCUUCAUCGCUGGAUUGGUCUCUUCGUCGGAAAUACACUGUAUUGUGUAGCUUUUGGGCAAUAUUUUGUCCUUUCAUUUUACGGAUACAGCCAACUACCAAUCUUAAAAAACGUCAACUUCAUUCUUUUACCGACUCUCAUAUUUGCAGGUAUCUACUUUGUGAGCUUGUUCGGUUUAGAUCUCUCAAGGGUGUUUCAAUUUCACUCCUAUUAG